AUGCCGCAGCAGAUUGACGAUAUACUUGACUCUGGCAAAGUUGAGUUGAUCACCGGCGAUCUAUCCAGACCAGGCCUUGGAAUCGAUCCAGCCGUCCGCUAUAGGAUGCGGAAUGAAGUGACUGCGGUUAUCAACACAGUCGCAAAUAUCUCCUUGGUCGAGAAUUUGGGGAAGUCGGUUCGAGACAAUUGCCAAACUGCCAUGGCACUAUUCCGAAUGGCAUCUGAAUUCCGUCAUGUUCAGCUUUUUGUGCACUUCUCGAGUCUGGCUGCGAAUAGCUUUCUCCCAGGAGGCGUGGUCGAAGAAUGCCUGUAUCCCUCACCAAACCCUAAUCCCGAUCCAGUGGAAGAACUCGCCGGGCAUCCAGGCGCAGAAUGCUCCCAACUACCAUUAGACGAUAGGUACGCCUGGCCAUACGGACAGGCAAAACAUUUAGCAGAGCGUCUACUUCUUCGUCAGCCCUAUCCGAUUCCAGUGCUUAUCAUACGGCCAUCCGCCAUUGGACCCGCCAUCGCAGAGCCCUUUCCCUUAUAUGGUCCCGAUAAAGCAAUUCCAAUGCACACUCUGCUUCUCUGCUUCAGCAUGUCUGAUCUUGAUCGUGUUGGAAACUCCGACCAUAUUUUCGAGGAAGUCCCCGUCGAUCUCGUGGCCAAUUGCUGCCUUCUCCACCUGGCUCAUAAAACCACCGGUGUUGUCCACUGCGCCUCGCCUCUGUACGUUCGCCAGACAGCCGCAGAUAUCAUGUCCACCGCAAAACGAUGCAUUUCUGCGUCAGAGAUCGCCGCGCUCUUCACGAAGCAGCGGCCUUCUACCGCGCUCAUGUGGCAGACCAAAUACAAGGUAGAGAAUAUAGAGGAGGCGAUAGCCUGGGAUGUGGAAUGCAAGCGGUCCGAAUACCAGAAGCUGGUUACUGGUCCCUUAGCUCUCUGUCCGGUUGGGCAUGAUCCACAGUUACACCUGGAACGGCGGAUUCGGAGGAUGUAUCGUGUGCUGUUAGAUAACGGCGAAGAGGGCUCUAGUUAG